UUGUAACCACUCGUCUUUCUCACCAACUCGGUCAAAUACCCACAAAAGGAUCGAGUCAAUUGGCACUCCGAAUUUCGACCCUUUUCCCCAUAUAAAUCCGCCCUUCCCUUUCUUCUACUUCUUUCCAUCAGUUCUCUCCCUCUCUCCUCUUCUCUCUCCACUCUGCAAAUCAUCUCUCUUUAGCCUCUCUCACCAAUCCAACAACAACAACAAGCAAUCGUUUCUGUGUGUGUGUCUCUCUCUCUCUCUGGUCUCCAAUGGGUCGGUCUCCUUGCUGUGAGAAAGCUCACACCAACAAAGGCGCGUGGACCAAGGAGGAAGACCAGCGCCUCAUCAACUACAUCAGAACUCAUGGCGAAGGCUGUUGGAGAUCCCUCCCCAAAGCAGCAGGUUUGCUCCGCUGUGGCAAGAGUUGCAGACUUAGAUGGAUAAACUACCUUCGGCCUGAUCUGAAAAGAGGAAAUUUUACAGAAGAAGAAGAUGAACUCAUCAUCAAACUCCACAGUUUACUAGGAAACAAAUGGUCUCUCAUUGCUGGUCGUUUGCCGGGAAGAACAGACAAUGAGAUCAAGAAUUACUGGAACACUCACAUCAAAAGGAAGCUGUUGAGCCGGGGACUUGACCCUCAGACUCACCGUCCCCUCAACUCCGCCACCAACUCCAGCACCACCACCCCCUCCACCACCAACACCACAAAUGCCUACUCCGACGCAUUGAAUUCCUCUUCACCGGCCGCUGUGUUGCCUGAAAUUGUUGCCAUCAACAAAACCGCUGACAAGAAGGGCACUACCAUCAUCGGCGCCAAUUCAGCUGAAGAGGCACACAGCAGUAGCGGCACCACAGAGGAAGAACUGCUUAAGCACCAACCCCAGCAGCAGCAACAAGAACAGAACUACCCAGAACUCAAUUUGGAACUCUCCAUCAGUCUUCCCUCUCAAUCAACGCCAACUGCGAACACGGCCGAAUCGAAGCCACAACAAUUUUCAAUAUUUGCAGCUCCAGCGCCCAUGAUCGCUCAGACCAUCUGUGUGUGUUGUCGUUUAGGCUUUCAGAGCAGCCAAAACUGCAAUUGUCAAACCACCAUGAUAACCAAUGGUGUCCAUAUACUUCAGACCAGUAGAUUCAUAGAUUGAAUAAUGAAUAUAGUGCUCCUUUACCUUUCCCUUCAAUGUAAUCCACCUUUCAUCUCCUGUGAAAAGAAAUGGAGAUAUAUUUUGAAAUUUGAAAAAUC